UCUAUUGAAUUUCAUUGCAUCGUUGGUCGUCAAUUAGUCUAAUUCAGAGCUUCAAAAAAAUGAGAAAUUCCUUACUGAUACUGGUGACGUGCAUUUUACAGCAAAUCAGUCUGAAUUUAGGAACUAUUUUGGUGGUUCGACCAAUUCCUGAAUGUAUAACUGUCGAUCAAUUCAACAAAGCCGCCGGAAUUCUAUGUGAAAACCGAAAAAAUACGACUUUAUGGCAACAGCUAGUUGACUGUCAUGUACCGAUGUCCGAAGAGUACUUGCGUAAAAGCAGUGCAGCUAUUUGCCCCGUGCCACGUUUAGUCGAUCCAACCGAUUCAUCCAAAUGCAUCACGGAAGUAUUCUUGAAUUUUUGCACCUUGGGUGCAGGACCAAAUUUUCUGGAUAGGUUUCUGGGCGAGUAUUGCUAUGUAUACGGCGGAAAAAUUGGAGAUGUUUCCGUGCUGGGGCACAGUCGCCAAGUACAUCUUUCCAAACAGAAAUAUGGCGACGAUAUAACUUGCAAUGUUGGGAAAUGCAUCUUGAAUAUGGGUUUGAAUCUAUAGAGACAGUGUUUGGCAACGCAUCACUAAUGAACUAUCAAUGACUGUAGUGUGUUUAGACUGUAGUGGGGUGUCUUAUAUAGCAAAAUAUGUAAGAAAAUAAAAUAUUUUGACGUACGGUGUACAUUAAGACAA